CCCGUCGUGAGGUUAAACAAUAUGGCGAGUCACGAAAGUAAGAAAUGUAACUAAAGAAACAAGUUCCUGUAUUCUGAUGAGUUCGGAUCAACAAAGACGUGUACACACUUUUGAUGCCCUGGCACAAUGUACUCCAGAGCUCAUCUCUUGAUAGAGAAAGAAUUUGACAGUUUGACAUCAAAGGGACCAUGGGGCAUAGAAGUGUCUCCUCUGAAUGAAGAUAAUGUAUUUGAAUGGGCAGCCAAGAUCAAAGGUUUAAAGGACACCUUAUGGGAAGGAGGAGUUUUUCGUCUCUACAUCAAAUUUGAUGAGAACUACAACAUCCGUCCACCACAAGUGUGUUUUCAUACCAUCCCAUUCCAUCCCAACAUUGACAUGAUAACAGGCAGGCCUUGCAUUGACUUCCUCGAUAACUUUGAGAAGUGGAAGGAAGGGUACAGCAUCACCAUGACUUUAUUGUCCAUUCAGUCACUCCUGUCCAAUCCAAGUCUGACUGGAGCAGUGAAUAUUGAGGCUGUGGAAAUGCUGCAACACUCACCCCGCUCCUACCGGCAGAUGGUGCAGGACUGUGUUGCAGCCAGUCAGCGGAUGGAAGCUGGAGUCCUGCCUCAGUCUCCAAGCAAAGUGGACAUUGAUGCCAAAACAGAGGAGGGACUGCGGUCCACCCGAGUCAGCACAGUGCCAGCCCGCAUCUCCAAACUCUCUUUCGAUGACUACCACACGACAUGGUGUGGUUUGGCUACUUCCAAGGCUAGAGAUCAGAGCAAAAAUCCGUUAUUGGAGGCAAUCCGGGACAAGCCAGUGUUGCAGCAAGUACACAUGGGGCUGCCCCCAGAGGAGAUACAAGUGCAGGUCAAGAAACAGAUGCAGGAACACUCUGCUCUGAUGUAUGGUCGUUUUGGGAUGAGACCUACAGCAGAGGAAGAGAAAGCAGCUAAACUCAACAGACUCGAACGAAUGAAGAAGAUAUACCUUCCUCCACGAGUAUCUCCAACUCCUGCACCUGAUAUAGUGUUGGACAGUGCCUUGCCUGCCCUCAACCCCAAGGAUGAGCCAUGGGAGAAGGAGGUUGAUGACUUGGUGGCCUGGACAGCCAACCUGGAUGCUGAAGCCAUCGACAUAUCAUGACAUAUCCUGCAUACACAUCCAGAGACAGUCAAUUGUUUGUCUUGAAACCUGGAAAUAAUCUCAACAGACUUGAGUGUGGGUGUUAUAUUCAAGUGUAUGUAUCUGAAGGGCUUCUCCCAAGCAUUUAGUUCAUACAUACCCAGUAACAUUUCCAAGAAAUGGAUUCCUCUGUUGUAGAUAUUGUGUAAAUGAUGCAUAACUAUGUUUUGUGAAAAUUAUUUUUAGCUUGUUUCAUUGGUACAACACAGCUAGGAUGUGAUAAAUAUGUACAUCUCCAUCACAAAUCUAUAUGUAUACAAGUGUGCCUUAGAUGUCGGACUGCAGGUACUUUUCUCUUUGUUGUUUCUGUGAAGUGUGAAAUAAUGUCUGCUCAAAUGAUUUGAGUGAGUUUGUGAUACAACCACAAGGCCUGAGUACAAGUAGCCAGCCCAUCUCUCAUGCUCAGACAUCCAAUGCAGAAGACUGUGAAAACUGUCGUUCAUAAUGAAGAUUGCAGUAGAGUGCCCUUUUAUUUAAACAUUUGUCACUGUAUUAUGGGACAGUCCUCACAAGUUCUGUACACAUCCAAAACAAGUUUUGUUGAAUAUUGCCAAAACUAUCAGUCUAUGUGCAUAUGCCUAAAAUUUGAGUCUCUAUAACUUUGACAUGUGAUGAAAUAUGAUGUUAAUAUAUGUCUAUACAUUGGUUUAAAGCUUCAUCAAUAUGUUGUUUUCAAAUUCACCGUAGUGAAGGUGAUCAUAACAUGUCAUUGCCAAAUCUAGCACAGACUCAUUGCACAAAAGCUUCUUGACACACUGUUUUACCCCAUAUUCUCCAAUAUGUCAUGUAAAUAGCAGUUAAUUAGUUUAAUUCUUAAUACAAUGUGAUCUGUCAAGAUAUGUUUGUAUGUACAUGACAAGAGAGUCUUACAGUGUAACAAACUUGGAGCUAUGACAGUUGUAUCACUUUGAAAGUCUUAAUCUAUGACAUAUUUGUACUUCACUAGGUGUGAUUCACUAAAUUUGUAACAGCUCUCAUCAGUAAUAGAAACGUGAAUCGUCAAAA